CUUGCCGUACGCGGCGCGGGCCACGGACGACAAUGUCGGCAGUCGGACGGCCAUAACCUCUAUCCCGCACUCCGGCUCGACUCGACGAUCGACAGCCUGCAGUGUUGUGAGAACGUGAGAAUCUCCGGGAUCACCGCCACCGCACGUCCAUGCUCCGCGACAUCCGGUCAAAUCUUCUGACCACCGUCCGGCUCCGUUUCCGCCGCUCGACAAUUCGCCUCGUUUCGCAGGACGUCAUUGGCGAUUUACACCUGCGAUUAGUCGUUCGUUCACAUACAUAGAAAAAUGUUGCGUGUCGGAGGACUAGGAGUACGGCUGGCCAGCACGUCGGCAGCCACGAGCGCAUCUGGAAAAGUGCUAGACUCGGUAAUAAGGGUCGACCACGCCGGCGAAUUGGGGGCUGACCGAAUAUACGCCGGGCAAAUGGCCGUGCUAGGCAGGACGGCGGUCGGGCCGACCAUACGGCACAUGUGGGACCAGGAGAAGCGACAUCGCGCCAAAUUCGAGGAAUUGAUUCGCAAGCACCGAGUCAGACCGACCGUCCUCACCCCGCUGUGGAAUGUCGCCGGGUUCGCGCUCGGCGCCGGCACCGCGCUCAUGGGCGAGAGAGCGGCGAUGGCGUGCACCGUGGCGGUGGAGACCGUCAUUGUCGAGCACUACAACGAUCAGUUGCGCAUGUUGAUGGAGAGUAGCGAUAGCGUGGACGAGGAGAUACUCGAGACCAUCAAGAAGUUUCGCGACGAGGAGCAGGAGCAUCAUGAUACGGGCAUGGACCAUGGCGCCGAACAAGCGCCGUUCUACCAAGCUCUGACGAACGUGAUUAAAUGUGGCUGUAAGACAGCUAUCGCCAUCUCCAAAGUGAUAUAAAUGUGCAUUUUCGAAUGUUCAAGACUGUUAAAGAUAAUAUAUAUAUAUAUAUAUAUACACACAUAUAUAUUAUAUAUAUUGUUGCUUGUAGAUAGGGUUGUAAUUUGUAUAGUAAUAAAUUAUAUUUUGAGUUUCUA